AAGCUGCUGUCCUGACAUGAGUAUAGAAAUGAAGUUGUUGCACAUGCCCAUCUAGUGUGCAGUCUAUUUCCUUUACUGAACUUCACUACACAGCAGAUAGAUGACUCAACUCAGCAGCACAGCAUCUACAUGUGCAGCUCAAUGGAAGAUGUGGCUUGUCAAGAUCUUCAGUGUCAUAUAUUUUACUGCGGUUUGUGCAGCUCCGGGUUCUCAAGAUGGCACACCUAUACCGACUCUGAAGCUGCUGAGUCCCUGGCAGGAUGUUUUCGAAAAUGAGGCUGUGGAGUUUAGCUGUGAAGACAGCAGCCAUGACUGGGUGUUCACCUGGUACAGAAAUCAAAAGAACGUUACGGCGGAUGAGGACCAGAACCUGGAAGAAGAUCAUUCAUCUCUCAACAUUACCUCGGUCACUCGAUCCCAUCAAGGAGUCUAUGCCUGCAAAGCUCUUCCCGAGGAUAAUAAUGGACAUAGCUCUGCAUUCAGCAACACAGUUAAUGUCACAGUUUAUGAAAAAACACCAAAACCAACAGUGAGCAAGGUUCCAGGUUUUAACCCCAUGUAUGUUGGAGAAACAGUGAACUUCACUUGCAAAGUCCAUGUGUCCUCUGGCUGGAAGUAUGAGUGGUACAGAGAUGGAAAUAAACUCCCUGACACCAACGAAACCAUCAGCAUCCAUCUUGGUAUUUCUGAAAAGGGGGAAUACUGGUGCAAGGCCACAAGAGGUGAAACAACAUCAACAAACAUCAGUGAGAAAAUACAACAAGAUGUUCUUGGAAUUCCCGUUCCAUCUUUGAAGCUGGUAACAUCGUGGUUGGAUGUGUUCCCCACUGAGAGAGUGAAGUUGAGCUGUGUGAUGGACGGCACCUCUGACUGGACUUACACGUGGUACAGAGAAGGGCAGCAGGUCCUAGCUGAUGGUACUGUAUCUUUUGACUCGAAUGGAGCUACUCUUUCCAUCAGCUCUGCUUCAGCUGCACAUGCAGGACAAUAUAACUGCAAGGGACACCUGAAAGACAGGUCUGUCAGCAGCAACUCUAGUUCUGGACUUACUGUCAAAGUAUAUGAUAAGAAACCCACUGUCAUACUGACACAGGAUCCAGAGUACAAGGUGAUGUUCCCUGGAGAGUCAGUCUCCUUUGGCUGUCACAUUAAUGUCUCUACUGGAUGGGAAUACCUAUGGUACAAAGAUAGCAAUCAACUUACCGUAUCUGGAAACAAGUAUCCAAUCAGCUUAGUUGGAAUAACAAAUAGUGGGUCAUAUACAUGCAAAGCAAAAAGAGGCAGUGAUCAAGCCUUCAUCACUGACUCCAGUCAGGCUGUACGCCUUGAAGUUGAAGGGAACAUGCCUAAACCCUCGAUGACUCAACAGCCAGAUGUUAACAAGGUGUACACUGGAGAGUCAGUGUCCUUCAAAUGUGAAGUUAAACUCUCAUCUGGUUGGCUGUAUCUCUGGUACAAAGAUGGAACACCACUCCCAAUCAACAGCAGUAGUUUUAACAUCCAUAAUGCCACUUCAUCAAACAGUGGGACUUAUAAGUGCAUGGCCAUAAGAGACAAAACAACGUACAGCACAGAGCACAGUGAUUCACGGAUCUUACGCGUAUCUGAAAUUCCUGUUCCAUCUUUGAAGCUGGUAACACCGUGGUUGGAUGUGUUCCCCACUGAGAGAGUGAAGUUGAGCUGUGUGAUGGACGGCACCUCUGACUGGACUUACACGUGGUACAGAGACGGGCAGCAGGUCCUAGCUGAUGGUACUGUAUCUUUUGACUCGAAUGGAGCUACUCUUUCCAUCAGCUCUGCUUCAGCUGCACAUGUAGGACAAUAUAGCUGCAAGGGACACCUUAACGACAGGUCUGUCAGCAGCAACUCUAGUCCUGGACUUACUCUCAAAGUAUAUGAUAAGAAACCCACUGUCAUACUGACACAGGAUCCAGAGUACAAGGUGAUGUUCCCUGGAGAGUCAGUCUCCUUUGGCUGUCACAUUAAUGUCUCUACUGGAUGGGAAUACCUAUGGUACAAAGAUAGCAAUCAACUUACCGUAUCUGGAAACAAGUAUCCAAUCAGCUUAGUUGGAAUAACAAAUAGUGGGUCAUAUACAUGCAAAGCAAAAAGAGGUAGUGAUCAAGCCUUCAUCACUGACUCCAGUCAGGCUGUACGCCUUGAAGUUGAAGGGAACAAGCCUAAACCCUCGAUGACUCAACAGCCAGAUGUUAACAAGGUGUACACUGGAGAGUCAGUGUCCUUCAAAUGUGAAGUUAAACUCUCAUCUGGUUGGCUGUAUCUCUGGUACAAAGAUGGAACACCACUCCCAAUCAACAGCAGUAGUUUUAACAUCCAUAAUGCCACUUCAUCAAACAGUGGGACUUAUAAGUGCAUGGCCAUAAGAGACAAAACAACGUACAGCACAGAGCACAGUGAUUCACGGAUCUUACGCGUAUCUGAAAUUCCCGUUCCAUCUGUGAAGCUGGUAACACCGUGGUUGGAUGUGUUCCCCACUGAGAGAGUGAAGUUGAGCUGUGUGAUGAACGGCACCUCUGACUGGACUUACACGUGGUACAGAGACGGGCAGCAGGUCCUAGCUGAUGGUACUGUAAUUUUUGACUCAGAUGCAGCUACUCUUUCCAUCAGCUCUGCUGCAGCCUCACACCGUGGACAAUAUAGCUGCUCAGGAAAACUUAAGAGCAGGUCUGUCAGCAGCACCUUCAGUUCUGUACAAACACUUGGUGUUUACGAUACAAAGCCCAGAGUCACACUGAUGCAGAAUCCCAUGCACAAUGUGAUGCAUACUGGAGAUUCAGUCUCCUUUAGCUGUCACAUUAAUGUCUCUUCUGGAUGGGAGUACCUGUGGUACAGAGAUGACAAUCAACUUGUCGUAUCUGGAAACAAUCACACCAUCAGUUCUGUUUUGAGAACAAACACUGGAUCAUAUCACUGCAAAGUUAAAAGAGGCAUAUAUGCAGUCCAGAGUCAGGCUGUGAAACUUGACAUUGAGGAACGCCCAUUAGCAUAUAUAACUCUGUUAACUGGGUGGUCCGAGGUCUUCUCUACUGACAGCUUGGUACUCAGAUGUAGGGUGCUAGAAAGCCAGGACAUAUGGAACUACACAUGGUUCAAAGAGGGGCACCCAAUCAAUUUCUCUCUCUCUGAGAAACAUACAGUCACACCGGAGAAUGACCCUGAGCAGAGCCUGUACACCUGCAAGGGCAUUCGCACAGGUAGACCAUCUUACUCAAAAACCAGUGAUUCGUUCCACACCAAGAACCUUCUUUUGAAGAGGAGGGUGCUUCUUUCCAUCUCUGGUUUUAUCUUCUUUGCCAUCAUUGCCAUUUUCAUUGGAUGCAUUUUCCUCAGAUUCAUCCGCAAACCAGGUAAUGGUGAAGACAAGCCAGAGGAGACAGAAUUGUUUCUCACCAUGGCUCAGCUAAAGGACCGUGAUGAUGCACUCUGUCCACUGGUUCAGUACAUCACAGAUGCAGAACUGAAUGCUUCAUCUAAAAAAGAAGCGGACGAGAAUGGCACGAUUUCCGAUGAAACAACCCCGUUACCAAUAUCCUCGCAGGAGGACCAAGCUGUGACGAGUGAGAGCCAUGAUACAACAGAAAACAACGGUGGACUGGUUUCCUUUAAACAAUGAGUGACUGAAGCUCUAUUUGCAUCGGUUUAGCAGAUAAUAAUAAGUCUAUAGACUUACUAUAGCACUGUGAGGCUUUAAUGAGCAUUUUUUUGAUGUAUUAAAACUGGAAAGAGAAUCUCGCUACUGCGAUGCUUACCACCAGCGGGGCAUCAAAUUCAAAGUUUUGACUUGUCUGCAGUGCUAAAUAAAGGUUGAAUAAAUUCAUUAAGAUUCUUCCUCUGGGGACUGUAAAUGUUUGUACCAAAUUUAAUGACAAUUAAAAUAGUUAACGGGAUAUAUUGCACCCUGAACCAACAGAUUGGCUGACAUUGCCAUAUAAAUGUGUACAGAUUCGUUCUGCACUGAACAUUACUUGGUAGCACAAUACUGUUAGAACUGUAUAUAUUUAAUUCACAUCAUUGUAUUGAUGAACUGUUAAAGGCACUAUUAAAAUAUGAAACAUUAUUUAUGUGAGCAGCAUCAAUCAUAUACAUGGUUAGCUUUUAUUGUUAGCAAUUAUUAUAUGCACUGUACAUAAGUAUUGAUCUGCAGGAGAUGUUAUUAAUCCUCCUUAAGCAA